AUGGAGAGAAUGACUUUUGAUAACGCAGUCGUCACCUGUACCGAUCUGAGCAGCCGUGUGGUAGUCCCUUCGUCAUUCACAGAGCACCAGUUUAUCUGGGACAUGGUCAGUGAAGUCCCAGAGGGAACCGUUCAUAUCGGCUGCACUGAUAGGGAGGAAGAAGGCAAGUGGGUGCAGCCUGGUGACGGAGGCGAAGAAUGUAGUUUCCUCCACUGGAGUCCAGGAGAACCCAACACUAUUUUACCAGGUGAAGAUUGUGCGUUUAUGGAUUAUCGUUAUGGUGGCCAAUGGACUGACGCUUAUUGUUACAAAUUGGGCUAUGUAGUCUGUCAGCGCCCGGCCGUUACACCGACAACCACCCCGCAAAUCAGCUACUGCCUGCAAGCAGACACCAACGGCCGCUUCGUAUCCAUCCGUUGA